CAGGAACUAACUCAAGACUGAGAAACUCUCAGGAACAUCGUUCAGGACAUCGAACAGGUUCAUGGUCAGGUCCAUGAUGCUUCUGUUCAUUUUUGUUUUAGGGCUGCUGGACAAUCGAGUCCAAGGUAGGUCUCAACUCAAGAUCACGGUGAACUCUGAUGUCCUGACGGGUACUGAUGUGAUUCUGGACUCUGGUUCUCCUCUUCAUCUGAGGUGUGAAGGUGAUGGACCAGUAACAUGGGUUCCUCGGCUGAAUAAACACAAACGCUACAUCUCCAAAGAAACGGGAAACAUCCGGAGUUUUCACGUGGAUAAAGCCACAGUGCAAUUUACUGGCACAUACACCUGUAGUUACAUCAGCAGAGAUAAAUUGAAUGAAUCUUCCUCUCUGCAUGUGUUUGUGAGGGAUCCACAGGAUCUGUUUGUGAGUCCGAGCACACCUCUGAGUUACGUGAGGAGAGAAGGUGAAGAUCUUCUGUUACCGUGUCUACUGACCGACCCCAACGCCACAGACUUCACAUUUCGUAUGGAUAACAAUUCAGCUCUGCCUCAGGGCAUGAACAUCACCUUUGACCCCAAGAAGGGUGUUCUGAUUCGAAACGUUCACCCUGAAUAUAACGCACAAUAUGUGUGCAGUGCAAGAAUAAGAGGAAUUGAGAAAGUGUCAAAGACUUUCAAAAUUAACGUCAUACAAAGACUACGCUUUCCUCCGUAUGUUUUUUUGGAAAGAAACAAGUACGUCAGAUUGGUGGGAGAGAAACUUCAAAUCAGCUGUACCGCAAAUAACCCAAACUUUAACUACAAUGUUACCUGGGCGCACUCCUCAAGAAAGCUGCCUGAUGCUAAGGAAAAAUCUGCAAUGGCAGAAUAUCAAAUUGUCAUUAUGAGCGUCCUCACCAUUCCAGCUGUCCAACUUUCUGAUUCAGGAAACAUUACCUGUACAGGGCAGAAUGAAGCUGGAGCCAACAGCUCCACCACUCAGUUGCUGGUUCUGGAUGAGCCCUACAUUCGACUGUCAGCGAAGCUUUCAUCUAAACUCACCCAUAACGGUCUGUCCAUUGAAGUCAGUGAUAGAGACGAUGUAGAUCUGAGGGUUCUGAUUGAAGCGUACCCCCCUCUGACAUCUCACUGGUGGGAGAUUCCAGUACCCCAUAAUGCAUCUCUCCUAGAGCAAAAGUUUUACAACUAUAACGACAGGUAUGAAGCCCUGCUGUUUCUGAAAAGACUGAACUUUCAGGAAAUGGGUCGCUACACGCUUCAUGUGCAGAGUGACAUGAGAAACGCCUCCAUUUCAUUUGAUAUUAAAAUGGCGAGUAAGUACAGUUAA